UCCGCAGUUUUGGGUCUCUUUUUCUGUUGCCAUGCCGGCAUUCUUCGCGCGCUUGUCGGGGGACUCCGACGAAGACAGCGAGAAGGCGGCGGCGGAGGCUUCGACAGAUGAGACGGAGAACGGGGACAAGAGCCAGUCGAAGGGCUCCGCCUCGCCCUGCCCGCAUUGCUGGCGCCACAUGCUUUGGACGCAUCACAAAGGACGGAGGUGCACCAACUCAGAGGCGGUUGGGGGCUCCUGCGUCAUCCCCUCCAGCCAUGCCUGGUGGUGCGACAACUGCAAAGUUGUCUACUGCCUGGCGUGUUUGUCCAGCCUGCGGAAGAUGUGCGAAGAACUUGGCGACGUGCCCGAACCCGAGGUGAACGACUGGCAGACCGUGGCGACAAAAACGAAAACGAGGCGCCGAGGGAACUUCACUCCGGAGGAGAGGGAGAAGACGGAGAACGAGGCAUCUGCUCUGGUGGACGCCUUUUGCCAGCGUCGCGAGCUGGCCAAAUGGGUGAGAGCUGAGCUUCUUGCCAUCCCGCCUCAGGAGGUGGGGGCCGUCCUUGCAGCCCUCUCUCACGCCAUCGAGACCAACCCCUCGGUGGACCUGCGCGCUCUCUUGGCGCUGAAGCGCUCCGCCGGAGCCUCAGCGUUGAGGCGCCUGGACGAGCGCCAGAGCCGAAAGCUCUCGGACUGGAUCGCCUCGCUGCAGCUGCGGGACGUGGACCGCAACGAGCUCUUUGCAGUGAUCAGCGCUGGCUUCGACAAGUCAGAAGUGGAGCACCUGAUGUCACAGACCAACUAUGCAAACAAGUGCCGACAGGGUGGCUAUAAUGCCCCCAUUGCAGUCGCCUGCAGGAUCAUGACCGACCACAGGGUGGGGGGCUACAAAGGUCAAGUGGAAGCCUUUUCGCGCUGCUUCCGGCUGAGCCGGAAGAGCGAGCAGCAGCUGCACCAAGUCGGGCCAAAGACAGGCCUCAGCUUCCUGCAGCAGUGGCAGCGCAAGCCCAGCCGCGAGCAGGACUUGGAGCUGUUGGAGAGAGAAAUCACGAAGCUCCAUAUGCAGGAGACCUCCACUUAUGGCAAGAACCGAAAGAGAAUGAACGCGCCCCGGGUACAGGACCGCUUGUCCCAGUACCGAAAUCUCUUCAACGCUUACGAUGAUUCCUCGGGGGACGAGGUGGACUUUGCCUAUGCCAGGCCAGAGGAAGGACGUGACGAAGAUCUGGAUGAGAUUCAGCAACCCUUCGAUGACGACGAUGAUGAGAUUGAGGUGCCGCUGGAUGACGAUUCCGAGGAUGACUUCGGACCCAUACAGCUGGCGCCGCUGCAAAGCGAGAUGAACUUUGCAAAGCCUCGCCCAGGCGAGGAAUCAACAGUGACUUCGGUCCACUCGCAGUCCUCAUUGGUGGACAGCCUCUGUCGUGGCAGCGAGGAACGGCCUGGCAAGAGAGUGCCAGUGGCAACCCACUUCGUUGUGGUGGUAGACGUGAGCGGCUCCAUGAGCGAGCUGGACUGCCUGCAGACGGGCUCAGGCAAGGCCGGUAAGAUUUCCCGCAUAGACGCGGUGUUCAGCGAGGUGCGCCAGCUUGUAAGCGCAGAGAAUGCCCGCGCUGGCUGCGAGGACAAGAUGAGCUUCAUUACCUUCAGCGACGGCGCCAAGAUUCACUUUCAGGAGAAGUCCCUGCCCGCGGCGGGGAAAACGCUGCAGACCAUGGUGCGGCCUGCGCCGGAGGGGCGCACCUUCUAUGCGCAAGGUCUGCGCGCAGCGGCGGCGUGCGCCCGAAAGGACUCCCAGCGCCGGCCUGUGGACGUGAUCUUCCUCUCCGACGGCGAGCCCAGCGACCCGGAGGAGAUGCUGGGGACUCUGGGCAUGGAGCUGCUGCCGGCGCGGUCGCGGCACAACGAGCUCACGGUGCACUGCAUUGGUUUCGGCGCAGGCGCCUCGGGCGCCGCCAGUGGGCGCACGGCCAAGGGCCAGGAGCAGGAGGUCUUCGCUUUCCUGCAGCAGCUGGCGCAAGCCAUGGCCUCAAGGAGAGGGCGACCGGGUGACCUGCUUGAAGAUCUCCAAGUGGACCAGGUCAUGCUUCGCGUGGUGUGGGCGGCUGGCCUGGCGGGCAUGGCCACAGCCAUACGACGGGAGCGCAAUCUCAAUAUGGUGACGGAGGAGUCGACCGAAGAGGUGCAGGGCAAGAGCACGUGCCAAUACGCCGUGAUGAAGGGAAGGCCCGAGCCAACUGAUGGCUGGAGGCGCUCGCACUGGAGCAAGGCGGUGAUCCACCACCCAGUCAAGGACUUCCUGCAAUGCAAGGCGCUGUGCGAUGGGAAUCCUCAGUGCAUCGCCUUCGUGCGCCGCGCCGCGGACGACGUGGGAUUCUUGGGCAGCACCACGGCCACGCUGAUCGCAUCGCAAAGCGAUCAGACCAAGCUCCUGGAGGUCCCCAACGACGUGUCCGUGGGGGACUGCUGGAUUUUGGAGGCCGGCAAGCUGAACCGGUACAAGCUGAUCCAUGAGAUCAAGAACCGGAAGUUGGCGGGGCACUUGGACAUGCCCUUCCGGGUCCUCAACCUCGAGCAGAAGUCGCACUUCUAUCAAGACAAGUCUUUGGAGAAGCUCACCUUCGAGAAGAGGGACUGCAACUGCGAGUACCGAUACCUCGGGCUUUUGCCCUCGCCCUCAUCGACGGCCCUUGCCAGUACCUUCGCAGAAUGCGCAGGUGAGUACCGCUACAUCGGAAGGGAAUAUGCCAAGUACGGCUUCGAGGCGGUUUAUCAGCGAACGGACAGCCAAAAGUUCCUCUACAUGUGCGCAUCAGCAGAGGGCAGCGCCAAGACGCUGACGCGAGACUGGUACUGCAUGGACAAGGAUGACCCGAACAUGCUUAAGGAGAAGGCGCAGAACGUGUCCUGGAUCGGCAAGGCGAAGUUCGUGAUGGGGAACGGGCUUUUCGACUUCAAGGGCUGCAUUGGCACCAAGCUGCAGAGGCCUGAGGGCACCGCCUUGCUGCCCUUCGACCUUGCGGUGACGCACGACGAGGGUGAGCCGAUGGCUCUCAGCUUCCCCCGGGUGCCGGCCAUGGCCCUUGGCCCGGGGAAUUUGUUCGGCGACGCGGUGGAGGUGGAGGGCCUGACUUUGAAGCCGGGCCAGGCUGUGCUGGGCUGCGCAGCGGGCAAGAAGCAGUCUGAAGAGCUCAAGAAGCAUUUCCUGCUGCAGACCAGCCAGUGUCAGCUUUCACUCGACAGCAAGACGCUCGCCUGGGUGCAUUGGAUGAAUGAGGGGGGCGCCGUCCAAAAAACCCUGGUCUUCUCUCUUGCGACCACGUUACGGGGCAUGUUCAGCGGCUUCUUCUGGCAUUCAGGCCGGAGUUACACUGACAUUAUUUGGCGGGCACUGGCUCUCUGGGAGAAGGUGGAGAAGGCUGUUGCCCUCAUCAAUUACAUCCAGGAUGGCGUGUCUUCUGACGGCAUGAACAUGACCGAAGGGGAGAAGUACGCGUGCGCCGAGAUGAUGGUGGACGAGAUCAAGUCCGCCGGAGGCAUUAUGCCCAAGGUGUCCCAGACCUUGGCCAUGAAGCCGGACGUGGUCAAGGACGACUUCGUACGAUCCUCCUUGAAGUCCACCCAGACAGAAAACCCGGCGAAGGACAAUGAGUACGUCCGCGAGUACAUCGCCAGGAAGCUUUCGGAGGCCAUUGAGCAGGAGGAGCGCGUGAACGAGGGCCUUGUCAUCUCCAGCAUCGAUGAACACCUGGAUCUGGGGCGCACACUAGCGACGGGCAGCGUGGCGCAGGUGCUGCAGGCCAAGGUGAAGAGCAGGGGGGAGGUGAGGGACUUUUUGUGUGGCGAAGGGGCGCCGCCUUGCGACGUGGUGCUGAAGGUGGUGUUCGACGAGAACGAGAAAAAGUACAAGGACGAUUGGGAAGCGAUCCAAUUCCUGGGAAACGACUUGCUCAAGUUAAUCCACGACCAAGUGAGUGGCGGCAUGGGCGGCGUGUUGCUGUCCUGGAAGCUCGAGCCUGAAAAGCUGGAAAUGCUAAGGCACGGGGUGUCAGCUGGGUCUGACACCUGGCAGGCGGUGCGGCAAGGUUUGGGCGCGGUGAUGGAUGAGUUCGACCUCCGCGUGGAGGACUUGAAUGCCAAGAAAGGUCUCACAGUGAUCAAGGAGUUCCAAGAGAACGCGGAGCUGAAGCGCCAGCUGGGCAUUGAGCAAGUGACCUUCGAGGUGCCCAAGGUCUUGAUGACCAGGUCUCGGUACUUCAUGGUGCAGAGCUUCGCCAAGGGGGACACCCUCACCAGCUACCACGCCUCCAUCACGGGCCAGGCAGACAAGCUGAAGGUUAAGAGCCUUGAGCCUCUGCCAGCUGAGCAGAGCGCAGCGAUGAUUGAACAAGGUGUACAGACUUUGCGGGGCAAGCAGCUCAGGAAGUCUCGCAGGCUCUACAGCUGCCUUGAGGAGAAGGCAAGGGCCAAAGCGCAGCGCCGUGCGACCCACGACGUAGCGGUCGCCAGGCGCUUGAAGGCUAGAGAGUCUGCAGUGCGGAGGCGAUGCGGGGGGCUGGGCAUCGUUAAAGGCAACAGCGAUGAGUUUCGGGCUUUGGCCGAGGUUUCGGCAUCGCGGCCGGAGUACUUCAGUGUUGGAUCUGACGACAGGCUUGCAGCAGAAGCCACUAGCUGCUGGACUGGUGACCCUGUGGCCCGCAGCUCUUCGUCCUCUGCGCGGCCUGCCUUGCAGGACUGCGGCCAAGCGCCCGCAGUCAACUGGUCUGAGCUGGCUCUUCGCAACCCCGCGGGCUCACGUGCGCCUGAAGGAGCCGGGGGGAGGAGACGGAGAGAUGAAGCCAAUGCUGUCGCACACGUGCUAAUGCAUAUCAACAUCAGCGCCCAGAAUCUCACGGAGGCUUUGGCAGUCUUCAGAGGUGCGCAGGUGAAGUCUGGAGCUUGGAGGCAUGUGCAAACACAGCUGCACCUGCUGCGUGAGAACGCAGAGGCAGCUGAGGCCGAAAUUCCGGCGGGAGCAGACACCGUUUGUACAAGGUGUGCCUGA